CCGUGACAUUGCAAUUCGCUUAUUUCUUAUUCAAACAGCUGUUGCGAUGGUUCGCUUAACGGAACAACAGAUACAGUUCUACAAAGACAAUGGAUACAUACAUCUGAAGAAGCUAAUCGAAGACGACGAGCUUCAGAAGCUGUCGAAGGAGUACGAUGACUUGUUCAGGAGGAAGAAUCAAGCGAAAACAGAGAGUGCGUGGGUUGGUAGUGAUGACACCUUCAGGGAAAGUAAUAGCCCGUAUACGGUGAAAGGCAUUCACAACUUGCAAAUGCACCAUGCUGUCUUCGGCAAGUUGUUAUACAACGAUGACCUUCUAGACGCUUUGGAAGAUGUCAUGGGUACAAAGAACAUCGUGCUGCACCACACCAAGGCGCAUUACAAGCCUCCGGAGAAGGGAGCAUCGUAUCCCAUGCAUCAGGACUACCCCUAUUUUCCAUAUGAAAAAGAUUCUAUGGUGGCAGCAUUCGUGAGUCUAGAUGAUUCCAAUCCGGAAAAUGGAGGAUUGUUCGUUUACCCUGGCUCACACAAGUUUGGUCCUUUGGAGGAUUUUGGACCUAAAGAAGGGAGCAGCUUCCAUUAUGUUGAUCAGAAAAAGUUUCCAAUAGAACGGGCGACUCCCGUCAUCUCGGAAGCCGGAGAUGUUGUCAUAUUCUCCUAUUUCCUGGUCCACGGAAGUACUCCAAAUAAUUCUACUCGUCCAAGACGAAUGUUCCUGGCACAAUUGGCGGAUGCCCACGACAAGCCCAUUGGCGCAGAACGCGGCCAACCAGGCAGGGGUUGGGUGCUGCGUGGAGUUAAUCUGGACAGAGACGCUACAAUUGCUAAAAGAGCUCAAGAUUAAUUGAUUUUAUAUAAUAUUGAAAAUUGUUUGUACUUGAAAUAAAAUAAAAUACUCAUAGAAAUAAACACUGCCGUAAUUUUCACUGA